AUGCACAGCCAUCAAGGCUCCAGCAUCGGCUCUCAACAGAUGGUUGUGGUGUCAGAUAGACAGGAUUUAAGGGCUGAGCGCAGAAUCAACAUCGCAGCUUGGGACAGCUCCGCUCCGGCGUCUACGCGCAUGUGGGCGGAACAGCCUUAUGGCUUCAGUCAUUCAGCCGACCGUGAGGGCAUCAAAGACACACAAGCAAAGAGCCAAAGAACCAGGCGAGAAGAUUGA